UGAAGGUAGAGUUCAGCAACUUCAUCAGUGUGUAAUGUUAUAAUUAUUUUCUAUUGAAAUAAGCCCUUUUCUAUGGACUUGUUGCUCCGCGCAGUGGGUCCGUUUAACGUUACUACUAAUGUGAAGUGAACUGUGCUGUCAUGCCUCCAGUCAUGGCUCAGAUCAGUGAUCCAAAGAUCGCAUUUGCCUACCUGCGCCCAGCCUGUGUCCUCCUCACCCAAGCACCCACUGUGUCCAAUGUGGAGACGCUGAGUGCCCAGUUAAAAGAAGUCAACGAUGCCACGUUGCAGCAGCUCCAAGAGUAUGUCCUCUUCCCUCUUCGCUUCGUCCUUAAAGUCCCCAGGCCCAAGAAGGACAAAUUGGUGCAAACUGUGGCUGAGGCCAUGAGCCAUGUCCUGGAGAACACUUGUGUCCAGAGCUGGGAGACCCUCCGUGACCUCCUCUCAGAGCUGUGCCUUUGCCUGUGCUCUCCAAGCGAUCCUGGGAAACCUGCAGAUACAUCAGAGGAGCUGAAAUCAGCUGUGUUGAGGUGCCUGAACGCACUGCUUCAUGCUGCUUAUGGCGAUAUAGUCUUCAAACUCUUUGAACCGAUUAUGCUGCCCGGACUGGGAGCUGCCAUAUCACUCCUGCUGGCUUUAGGAGAGAAGGAGAAAUCUCGAGAUGUGCAAGCAGCAGCGUUGAAGUGCCUCCAGGCUUUGACUCUACAGUGUGACUGCACUCAGGAGCAUGUAGUCCCAUCCUCAGUGGAGAGAUGUGCUAUAGGCACCACCAUGGCUUCUUUCUUACCAGGGAUCACUGUGGCUGUGGCCAGGAUCAUUACAGGAGAUCUGAGACAAGGCCAUGCAGUCACAGUCAGGGCCAUCAAGGUUUGGUCCAGGACUGUGGGGCUUGUCAUGGAAGAUGCCCAGCUUCAGGCCAGUGAGCCCUGGAAGACUCCCUCACCAGAGCUGGGGAGAAUUGCCCAGCUGAUUGUCCAUCGGACACCCGACUGGGUGAAGAGCACUGCGGGAAAACUGUCUGUGCUCCUGAAAAAGAUCAUCUCCUGCACCUCAGCUCACCAGCAUUGGAGGGUUCGACUGGAGAUGGUGGAGCUGGAUGACCACCUGCUGGCCAGGUGUAGCCAGUCACUGGGAGAGUGUGUGGGGCCGCUACUGGAAGCACUGGUGGGAGCAGUCAAUGAUGAGGAGCCCAGAGUUAGAAAGAGGUGUGAAGUUGUUCUCAGGGAGGUAUCACAGAGGAAUCAGAGCCGUAGCAGCAGCAGUGAUAAUACCAGCAAAAGCAGCAGCAGUGCCCAGACCUUCACUGACGUACUUUCAGAGAACCUCCACUCUUUGGCCACCUCCCUGCCCAGACUGAUGAGGACCUCUGAUGACCAGAAAAAGCUGUUUGUCCUCAACGUGUUUCUGGGUUAUUUAAAAGUCCUGGGACCGCUGGUCUCUGUGGUGCUAAACUCAGCAGCACAUCUCGAGAGGAUCUCCAAAGCCUUGAUGCAGGUGCUGGAGCUGGAUGUGAUGGAUGUUCGCAUUGUGGAGGAAAGGAGUUACGCUGCUACAAUUGAGACAAGCUCAAGCUCUCCUGAUUCUUACACUGCUCACAUACAGAGGAAACAUUUCCUCUACUUCACAGAUGAGAAGAUCUUCUCUGUGCUCAUGGAGAUCUGUCGAACAUUAGCUUACUACGGCAACCUUUACCUGCUGACAGAUCACUUCCUGGAUCUGUACCAACAGUCGUCAGCAUACAGAAAGCAGGCUGCCAUGGUGCUAAAUGAGAUUGUCAGGGGUGCUGCAGGCAUCGCCGUGGCAACAGAGGGUCAGGGUUUGGACGGUCAAGUUCGGGGACACUCUGCCAACCAGGAAGACCUAAAAGAGGCAGUGGUGUCUAUCAUGGAGGAGUACACCAGUCUGAACAACUGGCACUUGAUUACUGUGAGUGAGGAGACGGAUAGAGACCGACAGGACCAGCAGCUGCUCAGCCCAUCCAGACUCCUCUCCAUAUCCAACAGUAAUGUCAACAACACUCAAGCAAACUCUCUCCAAGUGGUUCCUUCUUCGUUUGGCACCCCAUCUUCCUCACCCUCCGCCUCAACAAUCCACCAGCUCAACAGCAAUAUCUGGCAGCUGUGUAUCCAACUGGAGGGCAUCGCCUGCUUUGCUCAGGCACUGGGGCGUGACUUUCGGCCCCUUUUGAUGACAUCUCUGUACCCUGUGCUGGAGAAAGCUGGAGAGGAAUCACUGCUGGUCAGCCAGGCGGCACUGGGCUCUAUGUGGGACAUCAGUAAGGCCUGUGGCUACCCCUCUCUGAAGGAGCUGAUCAAUGAGAACUCUGACUAUCUGCUCAAUGACAUAUCUCUUAAUCUGCAGAGGCUCAGCCAGCAUCCACAGGCUCCACGGGUGCUGACAGUGAUGUUGACUCACUCCGACUGCAGCCUGCUGCCUCUGGUCGGGGACAUCGUUCAGGAUGUGCUGAUGGCUCUGGAUCUCAGCUACGACUAAACAGCUGCUCUUUUCUGCUCUGUGCUGCACGCGCUCAUGAAGGCACUGGCGAGGUGGUUUCCCUCUAGUUGUGGAAGGACCAGUGAGUCUGCCAGACCCAAGCAGACCUCCCCUGACAAAGAAGUCUUCAACAUCCGCCAAUUCCUGCUGGAUCACCGCAAACAGAAAGAGCUGGCAGAGGGCAUAGGAAUAGAGGAAGACGACACUGAAGACCUUGAAGUCCCUCCGCCCAUGGAGUCUGAGGAUGUUGAAGAUAUUGGUGGUCCUGAUGUGAAAGCAGAGCUUGCCUCCCACCUCAGCAUCACUAAAGAUGUAAUGGAGCGCUGCAUUCAUCUGCUGUCUGACCCCAGUCUCAGGCUCCGACUCAAGGUAUUGGACGUGCUGGAGCUGUGUGUGUGUGUACUGAGUGAGAAGGAAAAUGAAUUGCUGCCCAUGGCUCAUCGGUGCUGGCCCGCCCUCCUACAGAGACUCACAGCUGAUGACCCUCUAGCAGUCCUCAGAGCCUUCAGGGUGCUGUGUACGCUGGGUGAAACAUGUGGUGACUUUCUGAGGAGGAGGGUAUCUAAAGAGGUACUGCCCAAGCUGAGCUCCUCGCUGGCACGGCAGGCGCCAGUUAGCGCCAAGGCUGGACCCGUUUACACACACACCCUGGCCUACAAACUGCAGCUGGCUGUGCUGCAGGGACUGGGCUCACUGUGCCAGAGGCUGGACCUGGGUGAGGCUGACCUUGAUGCUGUAUGUGAAGCCUGCCUGCCCUACCUGAGCUGCAGACAACCAAUCAGACUGCAGGAAGCCAGCUUGAGCGUUUUCCAUCACUUAAUCCAGGUGGAUCCGGAUGCCUUCUGGUUUACUCUGAAUGAGCUGCACUGCCCGUCCUCCUACAUCCCGUCCCACCCCGACCUCCAGCCUGUGCAGCUAAACGGGAUGGGCCGACCCAGAGACAAGUAUUCGGACAACGUUCUGAAGCUGCUGAGAGAGGAGUUUGGCUCAGUUGCAGAGACAGUCAACCAGCCAGUCGGCUAAUGAGCUGAGAUUGAUGUGAUUGACUCGUCUCUCACGUGGACGGCUUAUUGAACCGCUGACUCCAACAAGUCAGUUCACUGAAAGGAAAAUCUGACAAUUGUGCCAAAAAGCAGCCAUCAGAUACGGUUGUGAUAACCUUCCCGCCCUACACAGCUCUGAUAAGCAGCGAGGUACAAAGGGAAAAUGUCAGUGAAGCAUCUCGCUGCUGCUGCAGGUGUAGCACCACUUCUGACAGGUCUUUUGCAUUGGGAGACAUGCAGUCACAGUGCGGAUGUUUUUUAUUUCAUGUGAAGGCACUGACAUGUACUGUAUGCAAAUGUUACGUUUGUUAUUCCUUUUGUUUCUUUGUUUUCUUAAGAAAUACCAUAUUCAUACUUGGAACUACUUUGCUGGGCUGAAUUACUCAACCUUUAGUUUCAGAGUAGUCCUGAACACAUGGGGCUUUUAUACAGAUUAACAUGGCCGUUGGUGACUCAGAUAAAGAGAUUUAAUUGUGACCUUAAAACAUUCUUCAUGAGGUGUCAAACAUUCUGCACUUGUGUUGAGCCUCAAAGUCAGUAUGAAAGUAUGAGAAAGCUCAAAUGUCUGGCCAGGUUUAUAAUCUUUUUGCUUUUAAGUCUUUAAUGGGGAACUACCGAUUUUACACACCAAAGACUGUCCACAGAUGUUGGAAUGUGUGACUGCAUAUUUAAAUAAAGCUGCAUAGAGCCUUUUGUGGCUCCAGAGGAAGCUCUGUGAAGUAUAAUACAUGACCUCAAGUGAUGUCACUUGAGCCAGCAUCAGCUGUGGCUCCUCAUCUCUGCCUAUGUUUAGGGGCUUGAAGCUAAAUUAGCCACUCCUAGCAUAACACACCAGAAUCUCAGCAGUUGUGUUGCAUUGUGGGUGAUGUACCCACAGACACCAGGUUUUGACAAUGAGGAAGACUGUGUAAAAUAAAAAAGAUGGUAUCUUU